AUGAGCUGGCUCAAUAAAUCCCUCAGCCAUCUUCAGGAGAUAUCUUCGACAGUCUCUAACUUUGCCGAAGAUGUUCUAGCGGCGGAACCUCCACCGCUGGAAAACGGAGAAGACUUGUCCGAAGUGCGGAAAGAACGAGACUACUACAAAGCAGAAGUCGAGAAAUACCGUCUUGACGCGAAAGUCCACGGCACAAUCGAAGAAUUUAUCGAAAAAGAUGAGCUGCAACGACGAAAUGAAGCUUUAAAUUCCCAAAUCGAGGAUUUAACAAACCAAGUGACGAAUUUGAGUGAGGAGUUAGAGGACUCAAUCGCGGAGAACGACAAAUUCGCCAAGCGUAACUCUCACCUUUCCAAGCAGAACUCGACUUUGCUCAGCAAAAACGAAGAACUUUCAGAGGACAAUGAGAGUCUCCAAAAAAGUCUCGAAGAGGUCGACGCCGUCCACCAGGAAGAGAUCGAGACCUUGCUGGCGCAGAGAGAGCAGCUUAAAUCGCAGCUGGAUCCGAACGAGCUCGCGCUUACUAAAGCACAAGCUGAUGAAAUAGCCAAGCUGAAGAAAGAGAUCGAGCUGUUAAAUAGAACGGAGAGUCCUACGCCAAGCACACCGAGUCCAACGCCAACAGAAGCGACGCCAGACCUCAAGCUGAAAAUGGCGAAGCUUCAAAAGCAAAAUAAAACAAAGAUUCAGGAGCUUCUGGCCAAACUCAAAAGGUCUGAAGAGCUUUGUUCUAACUUCAAGGAAAAAUGCGAGGCGUUGGAAGCGGAGCGAAUGGAUUCAGAAAUGGGUGCAAGAAUGCUGCAAGAAGAGCAUGCUAAGAAUGAAAUGUUGAUUCAAAACACGGGCAUUCUCGAAGUAGAAAUUAAGAACUACGAAAAUGAAUUGCAAUCGACCAGAGCGCAGCUGGAAACGCAGCGAGAAGAAAGUGCCGCCAGAAUGAAGAAAAUGAAAGAGUUUGUUGAUAUCGUCAAAAACAAGAAAGAGCUCCUGCAGACAGAGAAUGAAACACUGAAGCAACAGUUGGAAGACACUCGAGCGAUCGCCGAAGGAUUGAACGACCAUCGAAACAUCGAAAAGAAGCUCGAGUUCUAUAUGGACAAGUGCCAGUCUCUAGAAGCGGGGGUCAUCAUGUCUGACACUGCGAAAAAGCAGCUCGAAGAAGAAAAGAGAAAACUGCACAAAGAGAUGUCCGUAGUUUUGGCCAAUAAUGCGGAGAUUGAGUUGGAGAAAAAAAAUCUUCAAUCGAAACUGAAAAUGGCAAUGGAAUCGGCGCAGGCGUAUGCAUCUGUUCAAAAUGAGAUGGAAUCCGAAAUCACGAAGCUCCAGGAUGACAAAAGCGAGCUCGUUGAGACGCUUUCGGAGCAAAAGAAAAAACUUGCAGAGCUCCAGAGUGAGUUUAAGAAAUCGUCGAAAAAGUACAAAAGUGUCGAGAACGAACUGAAAGCAAAAGUGGACUCGAUGGAGAGCGAACUAAAAAGUCAGGUGGCAACUUUUAGCGAGCAGUUGGAAACGGCAGAGGCUCAAAUCCUUGAAUAUAAAACAAUGGCAGUGGACAACGACGAAGCUCAAGCCUCCAUCGCUGAAGGCAUCGCUAAACUUCGAGCAGAGAACGACGAAAAACGAGACAAACUUAAAGCUCAGAAAGAAGAAUUCGAGGCUUCAACCAAAAAACUGCAAGACCGACUGGAUGGUUCUCUCCAGAGAGAAAAAGACCUGAAAAAUAAACUCGGGGAAAGUAAGAAGUUGGUUGAACAAGGCGAGAAAGAAAAGUCCGACCUCGGAAAGAAACUGAAGAAAGCUUCAAAGAAUGAUCAAAUUAUUGAAGAGCUCCGAAAGCAGAACGCUUUGCUUGAUAAAAACUUCGAAGCAAGGGGACACAAAAUUCAGAGGCUCGAAACCGAACUCGUGGCGGCCAAAGAUUUUGUUGAGAAAAUUUCAGAAGAGAAUACUAAUCUCAACAAACGAGUAGAUCACUAUACCAAAAAGUAUCACGAGACGCAAGUUGUUGACUUGCAAGAAGAACGUGACCGAUACCGGGAGACUGCUCUCCGCCUUGAAAAAGAGCGAGGUGAUCUGGAGCAGAAACUGCUUGAUUUCGAGCGAAUUUCUGAUGAAACGCAAGUUGCUGCUGCGCAAAUGCAUAAAGAUCAUGAAGAAAAGAUGCAGCGCCUGAUAGAUCAGCAAAAUCAGUAUGCAACGGAAAAGAAUCAUGAAAUCCAGAGGCUAGAAAAUGAAAUUGCAAAAUUGAUGUCGAAUAUCACCGAUCUGAAUGCUGCGAUAGCUGAUUCCUCUUCUGAGGCGGACCAGGGCGAGCAAAUCGAGCUCCUUCGAAACAGUCAUAAAGAAGAAUUGAAGAGAAGAGACUCGUAUGUCAAAAAGUUGGAGAAGGAGAUGGAAGUUCUCUCCAAAGAAUGCCAGGAACGCAGAGACACAGAAGAUCUGAUAGAGAAAAUGGCGGAGGAGAAAGAAGUUGCCACUAAGUCAAUUUCGGAUUUGGAGCAAAUGUUCAAACGAAAAUCGAAUGACCUGGAAAACUCGCAAGUUCUUUUGAAGAUGCAGGAAGGACAGCUAUAUGAGCUGCAAGAUGAAUGUCGUGCUCUCAAGCAGGCGAAGACGGAAGCUAGCAAUAAGUUAGAAGCAGCUCAAAAAGAACUUGCCCGAGAGAAGAAGGCGAAUCAAAGACUGAAGAGGGACCAAGCUGAAGACAAAAAAAUCAGAAAGCUCUCUGGAGAAACAGAACUCACAAAUGAGCUGAAAGAGCAACUUGAAAACAUGUCUACGGCUGUCAAGGCAACAGAAGAUCAAAAAGCCCAGAUCGAGGAAGCUUAUUCUCUUCUCUUUUCGAAGGUGAACACUUUGGAGGAGGAAUUGUCUAGAGAGCGCUUGAAAAAAUGGUCGGCUUUGGAAAAAUACUGUUCCGAAAAAGAAUCGCAUGAUUCAAGCGGAGAAAUGCAGAAUGAGCUGGAAGUUCUUCGAGAAGCAGAGUCUAUCAUGUUUGCGAAAAUCCAAUCAUUAGAAGAGGAAUUGGUGAAAGAACGAGCAUCUGCUAGUCAAAAUGAAAUAGAGACUCUCAAAUCUGAUUUAUGUUCCGUCAAAGAGCAGGAAUCUUCCCUGAUCUCGAAAGUCAAAGAGCUCGAAGAUGAUCUUUCCAGUGAGAGAAAAGCCACAGAGCAGUUAGAUGCUGAGAUCGGCGAGCUUCGUGAGCAACUGUCAAGCACUCUCGAGCAGCUUGAAGAUGCGGAAGCAGCGGCCCAAGACGCCGGCUCGCUUCUGGAGCAACUUAGAGAGCUUGAAGAAAGAAAUAACAAGCUUCAGAAGAAGUUCGACGGUGUUACCAAUAUUGCAGGUAGAUUACGAGAAAAAGACCUGAAAGAACUGGCGGAGAAAAAGAAGGAGAUUGAAUCACUCCAAGAAGAGCUUCGUACACUUCAGGAAAAAUUGCAAUCGACGCCCGGCAAGAGGGAUGAGCCCAAUGUACAACUAGAGAUAAUUAACGAUGAUCUUAAAAUUGCUCUUGCGGAGCGUGAGCAUCAGUAUGAAGCCGCAGUUAAAGCCCUCAAAAGGAUGGACAAACAGCUGCGCGCGAUGCACGAAAAGGAGCAAGAGAAACUUUCUGAUCCUGAAAACAGGCUUCAGGAGCAAAUUGCUCAUCUUGAAGCUGAAAAAGAACAUCUUCGACAUGUUAUCAAAGAAUCGAAGAAAGAAUCCCAAGAACUCUCCAACAGGCUACAAGAAACAGGUCAACUCCUCCAUGUCAAAUCUAAGCAACUUGAUGAAUUUGCUACAAAGAUCGAUGAGGCGAAGCGAAUCUCAGAUCGCCAAGAAAUGACUCAAGAGGCGAUGAACAAAUUAAGCCAUCUUGUUCGGGCUAAAGAUGACGAGAUUGAAGCAUUAAAUUCGAAAAAUCAGUCAUUGACUGAAAUCCUCCGCUCCGACGAUGCUAACAACCUUAUUAAUGCGAAGAUAGAAGAAAUCGACUCUCUAAAUCAGCAGCUCAUCGCCCAGAAACAAAGCUAUAACCAACUUGAGGAUGCUUAUCGAAAGAUUGAGUCCUCUUCUUCGCAGAUUCGUUCUUCAUUCGACCAAUAUCGCAGCGCUUGUGAAUCUGAGCGCGGUGAGCUGCAGGCGCUGGUGACGGCAAAUGAUCAGCUGCAGCAACAGGCUGAGGAAACCGAGCUCGAACUUGCAAAAUUGCGAAUCAUCAUCGCAAAGAUUCGUGCUCAUCCUCAGGCUGACACAACCCAGCGAGCUGGCACAUCCGAAUCUUCUCUUGAGAUCAACGGGGACCGAGACAUGCUAGCUAACUCGGUUAAAAAUCUUCGGGAGCGAUGUUCAGGACUCGAGGCAACUAACGUCGCACUCAAGAGAGAUAACGACGCUUUGAGGGAUCAACUAAUGGACAGACGCGACAAAUGGGACAAUCUGGAAAUGGUUAACAAGAAGAUGGCAGCUGAGAUCACCUCCAGAGAUGAGAAAAUGAUCGAAAUGAAGGAAAGCAUCGAUGAGUUGAAGUCUUCCUUGAUUGAGAAAGAUCAACAGCUUCAAGCAAUGCAAAAAGACAUUUCUGAGGUCGAUCGCCUACGCGAGCGACUAGUCCAAGUGGAUUUGGAUCACUCAGAAGAACUACAGCUGAUUCAAUCUAAUGAGCAAAAACUACAAGAGCAAGUUGACUCCCUGCGAUCUGGUCUCCACGACGUUACUGGUGCAAGAAAAGACCUCGAAGAAAAAGCACAAGAGAACGCCAGAGGCCAGGAAAUAAAGGAGAAACAGCUCCUUGCCGAGCUCGAAGCCGCGAAGAAAAAAGAUAUCCAAAGCGAGAAAAGCAUCUCUGAACUCCGCCAGUUCAUCGAUAAUUUCCGCGAACAAAAAGAACUGGAAGCAAAAAACAAGGAGCGGCGACAUGGGAUCGAACUCCAACGAGCUCAAACAGAAGCAAACGGUCUCCGACAGGAAAUCAAUCAGCUCAAGGGGCGUUUGAUGGCUGCGGAAGCGAAGAAAGAGGAGACCAAGCACCUGGAACUUCAGCUUCUUGAAUCGGAAGAAAAAUUCGAUCGUCUGCGCGCAGUAAUUGACGAGAAAGCGAUCGAAUUAGAGAAGGCUCGAAAACGACUGGCGGAAGCUCGGGAAGCUGCGACGAAAACAGUCGAUAAAGAAUUAGCGAAGAACCUGUUCCUGAAGUACGUUGGAAUGCCUUCUGGAAAGGAAGGAGAUUGUCACACUGUCCUUCAUGCGGUUUUCGGCAUCUCGAACGACGAGAUCGAGGAAGCCCGACAAUUGAGCAGUGGUUCUUCAUGGACCAGCUGGUUAAGGGCCCCUAGGGCAGUUCCAGCAGCUCUUGACCCAAAUAAAAGCUUUUCUGAGCUCUUGGUCGAAUACCUAGAGUCCAACUCUAACCCUGUCGAAGACAAUGAAACCCCCAGCCAGAAAUUACCUCCACUGCCCGCUAAUUCAAUGGUUGGGGACAUUGGUCGUACGAAUUCUUCUGAUAAUCGUGAUAGAGGAAUCGAGGGGCGAAAUGCGUUCACAAGCCCUUCUAUUAUGUCCCCACUGAUGAAUCCCAGUUCACGACACCAAAAUGCCUUACUAAAGGGACUGCUCGAUGACGACGAAUAA